GUUUGUGAUUAUACCUCUUUCGCAUCCUAUCAUCUUACGAGUUACUACGAGUUCCGAGUUAUGAAAGAUGGAGAACACGGAAGGCGCGAAUUCUAAACUAUCUCCCUUAAACGAACCAGAGCAGGAGCUUUACACCAUCCCAGGCUACUCCAGUUGGUUUUUCUGGGACGAUAUCAAUGAAAUCGAGAAAGAUUCUUUGAAGGAGUUCUUCGAUGGAAGCUCUAUCUCCAGAACACCGAAAGUAUACAAGGCAUACAGGGAUUUCAUUAUUAACAAGUUCAGGGAAGAGCCUCUUAGGAAGCUCACGUUCACGGAAAUUCGGAAGUCGUUGAUCGGUGACGUUAACUUGAUUCAUAAGGUUUUCCUUUUCUUGGAGAAAUGGGGGCUGAUUAAUUUCAUUUCUACUACCUCAUCGCCAGUUAAUGGGCCGAAAUUUGCCGAGGAGAGCUCGAAGGUUAAGCUCGAGGAAGGUGCCCCCAAUGGGAUCCGGGUGGUCGCUAUUCCGAAUCCUUCUAAAAUUGUUUUGCUAUCACCGAGUGGGAAUGAUGCUGGUGAAGCUGUCAACAACGGGUUCCGAUUGCCGCCACUCGCAUCUUACUCAGAUGUUUUUGGUGACCUUUUGCGCAGAAAGGAAUCAGUUUGUGGAAACUGUGGGGAAACUUGUGUGUCUGGUCGCUAUGAAUCUACCAAGGGGAACUUUGUAAUUUGUAUAAAAUGCUUCAAAAGUGGGGAGUAUGGGGAAAGCAAGACUCUAGAUGAUUUCAAGUUCAUCGAUUGCAAAGAUAAUGGUGGAGACAAUCUUUGGACUGAUGCAGAAACUCUUCUUCUUUUAGAAUCUGUCCUUAAGCAUGGAGAUGACUGGGACCUUGUGGCAAAAAAUGUUCAAACCAAAAGUAAAAUUGAAUGCAUCUUAAGACUCAUACAACUCCCUUUUGGAGAGCUUAUGUUGGGUUCGACCAAUGGGAAGGGCGAUGGCGGGAAUUUAAAUGGCAGUACAAGUAAUGUCAAACAAGUUCCAUCUACUUUAGUUGAUUCUCAAACGCCAAUCAAAAGUGACGAUCAAUGUUACACACGUACAAAUGAGGCUGAUCUGAUUGGGGAGGAUGAGGCCCAAGGCCCUCCCUUGAAGCAAAGAUGCAUUGAUGCACUUGCAGAUGCUAGCGGUUCACUGAUGAAACAGGUAGCUCUGCUAUCUACAAUGGUGGGGCCCCAUGUUACAGCUGCUGCUGCUGCUGCUGAGGCUGCUGUUGGGGCUUUGUGCAAUGAAAACCAGCACGCGAGGGAGAUAUUUGGAGGAAUGGAGGAUAAAGUCUCCAAUCAAUUUGGGUUUCCCCAUUCAAAUAACAAAGCAGAGGGAGCCCUUUCAGUGGCUGAUUUGAAGAUGGGAGAAAAUGACAUGCGCUCAGAAGAGGAUGUGUUUCCUCCAGAGAACUCCAUACCUCUGGCAUUGCGAAUUAGAGUGGCAAUUGCAACGGCUUUUGGGGGAGCUGCUGCUCAUGCCAAGUUAUUAGCAGAUCAGGAAGACAGAGAAAUUGAAUGUUUAAUGGCAACUAUCAUAGAGACACAGAUGAAGAAGAUACACUGCAAAAUCAAACAUUUCCAAGAGCUGGAGUUGAUCAUGGAUAAGGAAUACUCCCUGAUACAGGAAUUAAAAGAGUCACUCAUUGAGGAGUGGAUUGAUGUCUUUCAAAAAACAUUCAAUGCAGGCAUUUCAAGAUGGAGGGAUCAUGCUACUGUAAAAUCUUUUGCAGGAAAUGUAUUUUGAUUUCUGUGGCAUUGUACAACUGUAGAAUAUGGAAAGUUGUAAUUUAUUAGGUGAACUAGCUUCUUUCUUGUGUUUGCUAUGUUGAACUUCCAUUCUUAAAUGGGAAAGUCUUCCUGCUGAA